AUGUCCAGCUGGGCUGAACGCGUGCAUAGACGCGCUGCCGACUUAGGCAACGUAGUCACCUCUUGCGGUCAUCCCGCAACAGCGCCAGCUUAUCCGUAUCGCCUGGAGAAGGUAAAAUUCGGUGUGCCGUUGGAGGAGGUGUGCAAGCACAACAACAACAUUCCGGGACCGCUGCUGGUGCUGAUACUGAAGCUCAACAAGGAGUCACCCAAUCGCCGCGAUGUAUUCCGCGCACCUGGUCAUCAGGGCGCCAUGAAGAAGCUUAUACACUUCCUGCAGGCGGGCCGACUCGUCAAUGUGGACAACUAUUCGGUGUUCACCAUUGCCAGUGUGCUCAAGAAGUUUCUGCGCAAGAUACCCAACGGCAUCUUCGGACGCAGCGGCGAGAUGGAGCUCUUUGCCAUUAACGAGCUGCAGAACGAAACCGAACAGACGGAACGUUUACACAGAUUGUUUGCAUCACUGCCCAAGUAUACGCAACAUCUAUUAGUUUUACUCUUUGGCACAUUCCGUGUGAUCGCCAGCAAUGCCGCACACGCCUCCACGGGCAUGACCAGCGAGGCAUUGGGCGUCUCUGUUGCGCCCAGCUUCUUUCAAUCUUGCGUCAGCGAUGGCAAAACCGCUCGCAUGGAGGAUGUGCUCAAAUUCAAGGUGGCCACAAAGAUCAUGCAGCACAUAAUCGAUAAGUUUGCCACACACGACAUCUUUGGGCGUGACAACUAUGAAUAUUAUGCUCGCGUCACCGGUCGCAUUCUCAAGGUGCAGGACGAAUGGAUCUGCAGCUUUCAGUAUCCGCCGCCGCCACGCGGCAAAUUGGCCCAACAGAAAUAUGCAUUGCAACAUUCUUUGGAGGCGGAAAAGACUUGGCUGCAAUGUCAAUGCGAGCGUUGGGGCUUACUGGCACAGGAGGAGUCGCGCUCGACGCCUGCGCUGCUGACCAGCUCCAGCUCUGCGCUGGAGAACAGUGUCCUUUCACUUGGCGUUUCGCCGGAGCAUUCCUUCAUCGAGAGCUGUGCGCGCCUCUCCGUUUCGCUGGAGGGUCCGGGCAUCUUUGCUAUGACCAGCUCACCGCUGCCUGCCAAGCGCUCUGGUAAUGGCAGCGGCAAUGGCAAUGGCACCGACUAUGACUACGAUGAUUAUGCAGACGAUGAUGAGGAUCACGAGGAGCUUACACAUGACUUUGCCGCCGAGCUUGAGCUGAGCAGCAUUGCUCCAGCUGCAGCGGCGCCUUCGCAGCAGCUGCGCGGUCUGCAGCGCUACAAGCAGCGCACGCAGCAUCAGCACUCAAGCACAACGAACAACUCGCAGGAUGAUGAGGACGACGACGAUGAUGAGGAGGACGAACUAACCACCGUAAAGCGUCGCUAUCGACAGAACAAAAAGAAACCGCUGGCCAGCAGCCAUCACCAGCGGCGACUGCGCACUGGCACCAAAAGUCUCGAUGGCAGCAACGAGCGACGUGGCAGCAAUGCAGCUGCAACAACAGUUGCUGCAGCAGCAGCAGCAGCAACAGUAACAACAACUAAUAUGACCAGCGGUGGCAGCAACAAGUUGAAGCAGCGCACUUGCAGUCGCUGCAAUCGCGGCAUACGCCACAGCAGCUCGUGCAGCUCGAACUCUGGUGGCGCCAUUGGCGCUGCUGGCAACAAUGGUGGCGCCAAUUCCGGCGGCAUGACCAUGGAGGAGCUGCGUGCUGUCAAUCGCUAUGCGGAGAGCACCAAGAGUCUCUCGUACUUGCCACAGGUCCAUGAACGCCAAACCGCACGCAUGCGCACCCGCUCCGAGUGGUUCCUGGGGCCGAGGGAUGCGGUCGUCUCGCUGCAGCUGCCAGCGGACACCUGCAGCAAUUGCUGUUUGGCAGCUGCAGCCGCCGUCGCUGCCGCUGGCUAUUUGGGCGGCGGCAGUACGCGCGACAUGCGACAAAGUGCCGCCAGCGUUGGAGCAGCCGCUGGCAUUGAGCCGGACCGCAGCCAAGCGGCGCUGCUCUAUCACUUUUAUCGUCGGCAGCAGUGCGAGCGGGAGCAUCAGCAGCUGGACGACAUGAUGGAUACCGAGGAUAGCUAUAGCUACAAUCAACAGUUGCUGCAACAGCAGCAGCAACAACAACACCAACAACAACAGCAGCAACACAUACAUUCCAAGGGUCUGCUGCGGCCGCCACAGCAGCAAGUGCAACAGCGUCGUCUGCUGCUGGACGCCAAUUCGGUUGGCAACAUCCGUCUGAGUAACAGCGCCGAGUCCAUACAGUAUGCCUCCCGUCGUCCCACUAGCAACAACAACAGCAUCAAUCCCAACGCCAUCAUCAGCAGCAAUCCCAGCAACAACAGCAACAGCAGCAGCAGCAACAACACCAACAACACACGCCGCCUGCUCAUCAAUGUGCCACGUCAGUAUCCAUUGCGCUCCUCGCUGCGUCGCCACAAGGAGAAGCAGUUUGGCGGCAGCCAAAGCAACAGCAGCAACAGCAUCAGCAACGAGCAGUUGACCAGCAGUUCAGCAGCUGGCGGCGGAGCAGCAACGUCAGUGGGUGCGCCGCUGAACAAGCCGCUGCUGCUGGUGGGUCGCUUGCCAGGUGCCGAGCAGCCGCCGUCGGUGCGCAAUUCCAUAGCGGAUUGCGGUCUGGUCUCUGACUAUGACAAAAUGGAUACACUGGAGCCGCAGGCGAGCGUGGAGUGCAGCACAACGUUAAGCUUCAAGCCGCCGCGUCUGUAACAAGCGCAGACGGCAGCGCAGCAGCCAAAGGAGGCAGAAGGCUUAUCCCAUUUAAUUCGCGAUUAGAUCUAUAAACACUAACUUUAAAACUGUUGCGUGCUAACACAGACACCCACACUCACACACACACAUACAUAUGUUUAUGUAUAUUUAAACACUGUACUGUAUAUACUUACUAUAUUUAUGUGUAUAGCAAGAAAAGGCUGAUUUUCUUUAGUUUAAAUAGCGGAUAUUGCAACAAAUUGCCAAAUUUUAUUUGAGAGAAACAAGUGUAAGAGAGAAAGAAAUGUAUUUGUUGUUUACUUUUUAGCCAAGAAUCUCGUUUAUGUAGUAAACACACUAUAAACAUUGUCAACAAACCCAACACGUUGUGUGCGCAACUUUCAUUUCAAAUCAAUUUUUUAUACGCUAUAUACACACACACAAUGUAUAACAUUGAUAUACAUGAUGUACUACCCCCUCCCCAAUUGCCUAGACUUAAGCCAGCUCUUGACCUGACUUGAAAACAACGAGAUGCGAGCACACAACUCGCUCUGCAAUCAUAAUAAACAGUUCGACAGUAACUCAAACUCAAUAUAUACAUAUUAACAUAUACGUAAUAGUACAAAAAAUGUUUGAAAAAUUGACAAAAAAAAAGAAUUAUAUAUAACUAGUUGUAAGAUACUUCUGUAAAGCCCAUUGUAUAAAUUGUUAUAGCAUUUAGUUCGCUUAGUUUAUAGUUCAAGUUCAAAACGAGUUCAAAAAGCGCUGCAAGCAUAGCUAUGUUUAUGUAUAACUGUACAUAAGUACUAUAUACGCAUGUGUUAUUGCCCCUCAACUGUAUUAUCGAAGGUUCAGCAGUGCUUAUCCAUGCCAAGUACAAGCCUCAUAGCUCACAGCUCCAUUCACUGCCCAGCUCUUUUCUUUUCGAUUUAUACCAAUCAUUCAUUAUUGUCAUUAUAACUUUCAGAUUUUUCACAUGUUUGUCAGAAAAAUCCAUUAAAGUUAAACUCGCUGUGUGUGCGCACUUUGUGUUUUUUCUUGUUUGUGAAGAAAACAAGAACGCAAAUAAAAAUUAUUUGAAUUUAUAUAGUUAUAGGCUUAAGCUUAGUUAAAAGCAUAAAAGAAAUUUUUCAAUUAGCCAUUUCAUACAUAGUAUGAAAACAA